AUGCCUCCUAAGUCCAAGAAACGUGCCAGCAAGGCUGACGAUUACGGCUCUGAUGGCGGCUUCGUUGAAGACGCUCCCAAAUCAAAACGCACCAAAACAGCAAUCUCCAAAGACAAGCAAGUCGACGAUGAUGGCAAUCCUUACUGGGAGCGCCGCGUCACCUUGUCAGAGUACAAAAACAUGCACUUGAUCAACAUUCGCGAGUACUACGAAAAGGACGGCAAGACGCUCCCAGGAAAGAAGCUGCUCAGNGGCAUCUCGCUUUCUCUGGAACAGUUCUCGGCUUUCCUCGGAAUCCUUCCUGAAGUAGAAUCAGCCUUGAAGUCCCAGGGUCAGGAGCUUCCUCGUCCAAACUACGGCGAAGAUAACGUAGCCGAAGCCUCUUCAUCGGCCAAAGCCUUCAAAUCCGAGCAAGACGAGGCCGAGCCCGAGCCAGCUGCUGAGGAGCCAGAGACAAACACCGCUUCCACAAGCAAGCUCGACAGAUUCAAGUAUGAGAAGAAGAACCACGAAGCUACAAGCGACGAGGAAGAUUGA